AUGGUCUCGUUCAUCAUUCGAUUUUGGACUUACCUUAUCCUUCUGAUUCCAUCAAUUCUAUGUACACUAUUUGUUCUUUACCAUCUUCUAUUCGAUCGAACUCUUCGUCUCGCACUCAAUAAUCACGUGAUUAUUGUUCUCCUGAUCAUUUGUCUUACCUGUCAAAUAACCAUUUAUCCAUGGAUGUUACAUUUUUACUGGCUUGACGAGUUUUGGGAGAGAUCAUUAUUCUUCUGUACACUUUGGCAAUUUCUUGAUUGGGGUUUAUAUGUUACACAAACAGUUUUGUUCGCUUGGGCGACUAUCGAAAGGCAUAUUCUCAUCUUUCAUGAUAAAUGGAUGGCAACUAAACUCAAUCGGUUCCUUAUUCAUUACCUACCUUUAACUUUACUAUUGCUCUACUGUCUUCUCUUUUAUAUUAUCCUUGAUUUCUUUCCAGCUUGUGAGAAUUUCUACUUGGAUAGUGAUAUGAUUUGUGUAUUUGUUUGUGCCUUUUAUGUUUAUGAUUUGUACAUGUAUGAAACAAUUGCCCAUCAACUAAUACCAGUUUUUACUAUUGUUAUAUUCAGUAUUGUUCUACUUCUUCGUACAUUCUUCUUCAAGUGGCGUAUGCGUCAACCGAUUCGAUGGCGUAAAUAUCGCAAAUUAGCCAUUCAAGUUCUAUCAAUCUCAUUCCUUUACCUCCUAUUCUCAUUUCCUUUCGCCUUAGUUACUCUCUUAUACUUACUUGGUUGGGCAUAUUCUGUCUAUGGAGCUAUAUUACCUUACGCAAAUUUCUGCAGUUAUCUUAAUAUCCUUCUUUUCCCAUUUGUGACUCUCACAUCUUUGCCAACGCUUCGACGAAGAGUCAAGAAUAUGUUACCUCCAUAUCGAGCAUUCGUUAGAGCAAUAGCUGCACGAACGAAUAUAAAUAAUCGGGUGCAUAUACGUUAG